GACUACUUAAUCCUUAACUUUAUUUUAUUUAAUUUUAUUUUUGGUUGUAAAAAAAAUUUAGGGACUCAAUUUCCCGACAGGAGGGGUAGUGGCAACUCGCAAGUCUCGCAGAUUUUAAAGAAGUACGUAAUUGUUUUUUACAAUUAAAAAAAUUUCCAAAAAUUAAAACUCUUCAAUCUUCAUCAUUCCUGUUUUUUUGGAUUCGUGUGAGGAAGGAAAUUCCAAAGUAACAUUCCUGUCAGUUUUGGAAACACGUUUGAGAAUUGAGAGUGUUUCUCUCCCUCCGUCGUCUCCUCCACAUCUCUGUCGCCGUCAUCUUCUCCGCCACCGUGUCUCCGCCCCAGAAAAACAGAACGAACUUCAGUGCUUCACUAAUAAUGAAGGAGGAAAUGAGAGUGCAGCUUCUACUCAAUAUUCAUAAUAAUAAUGAUAAGCUAGAUGAUGAAGCUGAUAAUGGAUUGUCAUCACCACAACCACCACCAAUGGAUACGUCAUUGGCUGCGCCAAUUACUCCUAUGUUGCUUCUCUCCGUUUUCAUAGCAGUCGUGGGUUCUUUUUCUGCUGGCUUUGUUGUGGGAUAUACAUCGCCUGUGCAAACUGAGCUUAUAAAGGAACUUGAUCUAUCAACAGCCCAAUUUUCUCUCUUUGGAUCACUGGUUUCCGUUGGAUCGGCAUUAGGAUCUGUAGUAUGUGGCAAGUUAACAGAUUAUCUAGGUCGAAGGCAUGUACUACAACUAACUUCUCUAGUAAACAUCCUUGGGUGGUUUGCCAUAUCAGUUAGCCAGGGUACAAGGCUGCUCGACCUUGGUAGAUGGAUGUUGGGUUUUACUGGGGGCGUUUGCAGCUUUGCUAUUCCAGUAUAUGUAGCAGAAUUUACACCCAAAAAUUUCAGAGGAGGGUUUGUGAUUCUCCAUGUGUUAAUGAUAACAGUCGGAGCAUCAGCAGCCUUUCUCAUAGGACUAAUCACGUCUUGGCGUACUUUAGCUCUUAUUGGAAUGAUUCCGAAUCUUGUACAGAUAGUCGGUGUACUCUUCAUUCCAGAAUCUCCUAGAUGGCUGAUGAUGAUGGGUAAAAAUAAGGAGUUUGAAGCAGCCUUGCAGUGUUUUAGGGGAGGUUUUGUUGACAUCUCUCAGGAAGCAGCUGAUAUAAGGGACUCUGCUGAAACCCUUGAUCAAAUAGAAAAAGUUAGCACCCUACAACUGUUUCAGAGGAAAUAUGCUUAUGCACACACAGUGGGAAUCGGUCUGUCAGCACUAGGCGGCCUUGUUGGUUUAAAUGGGAUCAUGUUCUACGCCGGCUCUAUAUUCGAAUCAGCGGGCUUUCCAGUUAAAGUGGGAACUGCAGCAGUGGCCUUUUUCCAGCUUCCAAGUGUGGUUUUGGGUGUAAUUCUGAUGGAUAAAUGUGGGAGGCGUCCUCUUAUUAUGAUUUCAGCAGCUGGUAUUUUCUUAGGUUGCUCUCUGACAGGGGUCGCAUUUCUGUUUAAGGAGCAUCAUUUGCUGGGUGGUUUCAGUCCUUGUAUUGCUCUAAUUGGCAUAUUGAUGUAUGUUGCUUUUUAUCCAAUUGGCGUAGGGGGAGGAACUUGUAUUAUUAUUUCAGAGAUAUACCCCUUGAACAUAAAAGGGUCAGCAGGCAGUAUUGCUGCUGUAGUAUCGAGUCUAUCAUCGUGGAUUGUUUCGUAUGCUUUUAACUUUUCUAUGGAAUGGAGUUCUUCAGGGACGUUUUUUGUAAUGGCGGGUGUUUGUGUGUUUACACUAAUAUUUGUGGCGAAAUUGGUGCCGGAAACAAAAGGAAAGACACUCGAAGAAGUUCAUAUGACAAUGAGUAAUGCUUGGCAAUGAUGCUUAGUUGGUGUUGAGUUAUUAUUCGAUCAUAACUACCUAUUUAAAUAUAGAUCAGUAGUCUGUCAAAAAAAAAAAAAUAUACUGUGGAUGACUAAUAAUGAAUGAUGUAAACUCAGAGUACCAUAUAUUGAUAAAUGAUAAUGUGGGGAGCCGGGGAUAAUGUAUUGCUCAGUGCUCACAUGGUAUACGCAACCUGGUGGUGUCCAAAUAGCUCAACCAAGUUUCCCCAACAAAAAUCAACACAAGUAGUUCAUCCAACAAUCGAGCCUCCCAAGAGAAGAGAUUACUAGCUUUUAUAUAUCAACUAGUUUGUUGUUUGUAUCUUUUUAGUUUGUUGUUGUUCAUGUACUAGUUUGCAGUCAUAUGUAGAAAACAAAUAAUGUGGCCGGCCGGAAAUGGAAAGGUCAAUCAAGGUAGGUUGUUAACUUGAUAUGCAAGAUAUCAAUGUUUGUAGUGAUUACUUGAUGCAAACAUAUCAACAGUUGUAACUGACAAGUUGAAGAUACCCUUGGAAGGUCGAACAAGGUCUUACAAAGAUGAUAUCCCAAACUUAGUCGAUCUUGUUUAGAUUCAAGGCAGCGGAGAGGAACUGCUAUGUGAAGCUCUAUAGGAUAUAUGAUAUUUAUAUUUAUCUUUUUCAUUUUACAAAAGUUUGUUAGUGAGUUUGUUGCAAGUUAGUUAGGGUUAGUUGCUUGCUUGUAUAUAAAGCAAUGUUGGCUUCUCUUCCAAGCCAAGAAACUUAAUCAGUAAAUUCAAGUUUUCUUCAACUAUUUUCUCUCUA